AUGGUUGUGUCCAGCACCAUCAACUCUCCCUUGAUGAUGGCAACAGUCUUCUCCUCUCCAGUAUCUCUGAUUCUUGCUCUCCUCCAGGUUAUUUUCAAUACAGAAGCCAAAGUGGCCUUCUUAAAACAGAAGUCAGAUCCUGUCACUCCUCAGUUCAAGUAUUGUGACUUGUUUCCCCAGGAAAGAAAAGAGAAUUUUCUCCUAGCCAAAAUGAAAGGCAUGCAAGCCAGUCAGAAAACUUCAGUGGCCCUGCAGAGUGAACUUCAUGAGCAGGAAGAUAAAAUGAAGAAUCAAACACAAAGAAAAGAUACCCAAGACAGUCUCCUAAUGACACAGCGAUCUUUAGCACAUUUUUUUUCGACAGCAAAUUCAGAUACAACGCUAUCAUUUCCAUGGUCAUUAUCCUAUGAAAUGCCUCUUGAUUACACUCUGUCUAGCCCUCACUUUAGUGGACUAACUGUAUCAACAAUUGGGCAGAAGACUCCUAAAACUACAGGAGUGGGACUUUCCAGAUCAGAAAACAGCUUGGGAAUCAACAGCUCCAUAAUGACAAAGAGACAGGCUCUGCCAUACCUUGCUCCUGAGAUACCAGUAACUGGGGAAGGAGAAGAUUACUUCCUAUCUUUGUUUGGUGAUUCAAAGAAACUUCUUUCACACUCAUCCCCUGCAGAGAAAGCCUGGAAACACUUUUCUAUGAUUCUUGAAGAAGUAGGCCAAUCUAGAUCCAGCAUGGUGUGGGCAGCUGUAUCUGAAGCAAAGCAUCAGCCACCAUCAGAUUUUCUUUGGAGAGAACAAAACAAGUUUAGAACAAGCCCAAACUGUACAACGAUUUUGUGCAAACCUAAUGGUGAAGCUGUUGCCUGGUACACUCCUAUUCACUGGAAGCAAGCGUGGGAGAAAUUAGAGACUGACAUUGAAUUUGACAGACGCUCAGUUGUAAGUCCAACAUCUCAAAGACACAUGUUUAGUUGGCCAGCAGCUAUAACUACAACUAAAGAAAAACAAGAUAAAUGUAAUAAAGAUAAUUCAAAAUGUCAGAUGGAGCAAGUUAAAGUUUUUCUUAAAAGAGAAAUUGAAAACCGACCAAGCCCCUUUCCCAAUAGCAGCCCUUGGUGCCACAGUCCCAGUGCCCCUGCACACCCUUACAGUCCUCUGAUUGAAACUUGCAGUACGUGCGUGGCUGGAAACGGCUUAGACAGACAGCCAAGGCCUCAGUCAUCCCGGCCUGAUCCAGCCCAGAUCACAUCUUCACAUCCAGCCUCUGGAUAUUAUUUCUUUGUAAUCAAAUACUGGCAAUGUAACUUGAUAAUUCUUCUCCACUUUCAGAGAAACAGAAAGGGUUAG